CCCUGAACCCUGAUAUAUUUUUGAAAAAAAUAAAUCCAAACAAACUACUGUUUUUGCAAACCUCCAACCUCUCUCUCUCUCUCUCUCUCUCUCUCUCUCUCUGAUUUUGUCAGCCACGGCCACAGCUCCAUUGCUUUUGAAGCUCCUCAUAAAAUUCCCACAACCCCUUUUCCUGCCACAACCACACUCUUCAAGGUUUUAACUUCCCAUUUACAACGACAUGUUUGACAGCGUACGUCCAUAGGCCAAUGGUGCCAUGCUCUUGACACUCAGCCGAAAUAUCUCUCCGCAAAUCAUAAGUCCGAUAUGUACGGUCUCAACAAACCUCAUACGACAAAACCAUGUUUCUUUGAUCCCUCCCGACCUAAAGCCUCUCAACUCCAAGAUCUCCAGCUAUAUGCGUCAUGGCUCGGUCGACGAAGCCCAGAAGCUGUUUGACAAAAUGCCAGAGAGAAACACUGUUACCUGGAACGCAAUGAUCCGUGGCUAUUUUCUGAAUCGAUGUGCUGAUAAUGCCAUCGAGAUGUUUGAUAAAAUGCCGGAGCGAGAUGUCAUUUCGUAUAACACGGUGAUUGCUGGGCUGAUGCAGUGUGGAGAUGUUGAUGGCGCGUGGAGAGUCUUUAGUGGGAUGGGGUUUAGAGAUGUUGUCACAUGGAAUUCGAUGGUUGCGGGCUAUAUUCGUAAUGGGAUGGUUGGUGAAGCUUUACGAGUGUUUGAUGGGAUGCUGUUGAAGGAUGUGGUUUCUUGGAACUUGGUAAUUGGUGGGCUUGUGAGAUGUGGAGAAUGUAAUUUGGCUGAGAAAUAUUUUAGACGAAUGAUUACCCGGGAUGUUGUGUCUUGGACAAUAAUGAUUUCGGGGCUCGCAAGUGCAGGGCGGAUUGUUGAAGCCCGUGAGCUCUUUGAUAACAUGCCCUUGAGGGAUACUCAAGCUUGGAAUGCAAUGAUGGUUGGGUAUAUGCAAAAUGGAUACAUUGAAAUUGCUCAAGCUUUGUUUCAGAAAAUGCCAAAGCGAGAUUUUGAUUCUUGGGGUGAAUUGGUGAAUGGGUUGGUCAAGAGUGGGAGGGCUAACCUUGCCAUGAAACUUUUCAUGGAAAUGCCGGAAAAAUGUCAAAAAACAUGGAAUUCAAUUCUGUUGGAGUUCACAAGAAAUGGACUUGUUAAGGAAGCACAUACAUUUCUGGAGAAAAGCCCUUAUAGUGAUGUUGUGUCGUGGACGAAUAUCAUUGUUGGGUACUUUGAGAUUGGGGAAGUUGACAACGCAGUUAGUGUUUUCGACUUGAUGCGAAGUCGAGAUGCAACUGCAUAUAAUGUGACCAUAUUCGGAUUGGGAGAAAAUAAUCGCGGCGAAGAAGGUAUAAAGCUUUUCAUUAGAAUGAAAGAAUUGGGAUCUCUGCCAGAUGAAGCCACAUUUACUAGUGUCUUGACAAUAUGUUCCGACUUGCCAACAUUACAGCUUGGUAGGCAAACUCAUGCCCUGGUUGUAAAAACAGGAUAUGGUAGUUUUAUGGCAGUUUGUAAUGCCAUAAUUACCAUGUAUGCAAGAUGUGGGAACAUAGAUUCUGCUCUGUUGGAAUUCUCUUCUAUGUCAAACCAUGACAUCAUCUCUUGGAAUUCUAUAAUCUGUGGAUUUGCUCACCAUGGGAAUGGAGAAAACGCUUUGGACAUGUUCCGAAAGAUGAGAUUACAAGAUGUUGAGCCCAAUCAUAUUACCUUUGUUGGUGUUCUAUCUGCUUGUAGCCAUGCAGGACUGGUAGACCUUGGUAGAUAUUUCUUUCAUAUGAUGAGACAUGAGUAUUUUAUUCAGCCAACAAGUGAGCAUUAUACUUGUUUAGUUGAUUUACUGGGGAGAUUUGGACUUAUCAAUGAGGCAGUGAGUCUUUUAGAUCAGAUGAGAGCAGAUGGAACUGAUGUUCCUGCUAGCGUUUGGGGGGCAUUGCUCGGUGCUUGUAGAAUCCACAAGAAUAUUGUGGUUAGCAAGAUUGCUGGGGAAAGGAUUUUGGAAAUGGAGCCUAGCAACUCUGGCGUGUACUUGAUUUUGGCAGAAAUGUACCUAAGUUGUGGAAAAAGAAAAGAUGCUGAAAGCAUUUGGACAAGGAUGAAAGGCGCAGGAGUCAAGAAGCAGCCCGGGUGUAGUUGGAUCGAGUUAAACAACAGCAGCCAUGUCUUUCUUUCAGGAGACAGUUCAAACCCUCAGUUUAGUGAUAUUAGUUCUGGGUUAGAGUUGCUUCGAUCAGAGAUGGAGACUAAGAAUGCAAAACUUGUUGCUGCUUCUUAUCAACAAGUUUUAUUAGAUGGAUGUUAUGGUUGAGAUUUUGUAACUUUCACUUCAAAUUGCAGAUGUUUUAGUUACAGUGGUCCAAACACAAGGACCAUUUGGAUGCACGAUCAUUUUGUUGGUGCCAUGUAGUUCCCUGCCUUCAAGAUAAGAUUGGCCAGGAUCUAUGGAGAGAGAGAUGAUCCAUAUUC